GGCGGCGGCAGCGCCAUGGCGGAGGCGCAGGAGGGGCCCGGGCGGCGCGGCAAGAGGGCCGGGCCCGGGGCGGAGGAGCCGGCGGAGGCGGAAACGGAGCGGGCCGGCCGGCGGCGGCGGCGGAGCUUCCAGCCGGCGGCGGAGCCCCGGGGAACCACCGUCCUGCACGACACCGUCAGCGCCCGCCCGCAGCCCCUGCCAGCGAGGCACUUCGACACCAGGACGACGGAGCCCGUCAGCUUCUUCUUGUCCAGCCUGGAGGAGCUGCUGGCCUGGCAGCCGGACAGCAACGACGACUUCAACGUCUCCGCCGUGCCGCUGGCGAAGCGCCAGCCCUCGCUCCGCAGCAAGAGGCCCCGGACGCUGGUGUGCCAUGACAUGCGCGGCGGGUACCUGGAGGACAGGUUCAUCCAGGGCUCAGCUACACGCAACCCCUAUGUCUUCUACCACUGGCGGUACAUCGACAUCUUCGUCUACUUUAGCCACCACACCGUCACCAUCCCACCCGUGUGCUGGACCAAUGCGGCGCACAGGAAUGGGGUCCCUGUGCUGGGCACAUUCAUCACUGAGUGGACAGACGGGGAGAAGCUGUGUGAGGCAUUCCUGGCUGGCGGGGAGGAGGCAUACCACGCCGUGAGCGAGCAGCUGGCCCGCAUCGCCCAGCACUACCGCUUUGAUGGCUGGCUGGUGAACGUGGAGAACACGCUGAGUGCGGCAGCGGUGAGGAACCUGCCCCCUUUCCUGCGGCACUUGACGGCGCAGGUGCACAGCGCCGUGCCAGGGGGGCUGGUGAUCUGGUAUGACAGCGUCCUGCAGAAUGGCGCGCUGAGAUGGCAGAAUGAGCUGAACGAGGAGAAUAGGGUGUUCUUCGACGCCUGUGAUGGGCUGUUCACCAACUACAACUGGAAGGAGGAGCACCUGGAGCGCACGCGCGGGCUGGCCGGGCCGCGCCACACUGACGUCUACGUCGGUGUCGACGUCUUUGCCCGCGGGGAUGUGAUCGGUGGUGGCUUCGACACUGACAAGUCCCUGCGCCUCAUCCGCCAGCACGACCUCUCCGCAGCCAUCUUCGCUCCCGGCUGGGUCUACGAGCACCUGGGGGCAGAAAACUUCCUGCACAAUGAGAACAAGUUCUGGGGCUUGCUGGCCGAGUACCUGCCCACGCACAGCAUCUGCACGCUGCCCCUCGCCACCUCUUUCAGCCUGGGCAUGGGGACCAGCAGGUUCCUGGCUGGGAAGGAGGAAGAGGCUGGGCCCUGGUAUGACCUCAGCGCGCAGGAGAUCCAGCCCCUCUACCUGGAGCGCGAGGGCAGGCUGAGCACCAGCUGCUGCCUGCAGGACGCCUGGCGCGGGGGCAGCUCCCUGAGGCUGCAGGGGACCAUCUCCCCCGGCGAGGAGCGCGUGGCUAUCCGCCUUUUCUCUUUGCAGAUGCCGGCGCCCCCCAAGCUCUUCCUGACCCUGCUGUACAAGCUGGAGGGGCCGCAUGCCGAUGAGGUUGCAGUUGCGCUGGAGCUCACCACCUGGGACUCGGGUACCUGCCACGAGGGCAACGUCACCUCCCUGCCUGCAGAGCCCAAUGGCCGGCACCACCCCCGGUUCCUCCCCGCACCACCACCCAGCCUCGCCAAGCUGCUUGCCGCCUGUGACCGUGGCUCCCAUGGCUGGACCAGCCGGUGCUACGAGCUGGACCUGCAGGACUGCAGCCUGCGAGACCUCUCCCUGCUCGUGUCCCGCCACCAGCCCAGCCCGCAGGAGACACCCUUCACCUGCCUCCUCGGGGAGGUCCGGGUGCUGGAUGCGGCCAGCGUGGCGGCCUCCCCGCCGCAGGUGCAGAGUCUGACGGCCUCGCAGCUCUGGUGGCAGGAGGGCCCCGAGAAGGAGCAGCUCUCGCUCAGCGUCACCCUCCGCUGGACCUUCCCGCCCGGCCAGGCCGGCUGCUUCCGCGUCCUCAGCCAGGGUGCCCGUUGCCGCCAGGGCCAGACGCCGGUGCAGCUGCUGGGGCUGGCGCACGCCUGCCUGUACCGUGCCGUGGGCUUGGUGGUGCCGCGGCCGGCGGCCGGGCAGUCCUGCCGGCUGGAGCUGCUGGUGGAGCCGGUGCUGCGCGACAAGCUGCCCGUGGACCCCGACCGCUGGGGCCGGCUGGUGCUGGUCUAUUCCGAGCCGGCCCACGGCACCAGCUGAGACGGGCAUUAAAGGCAAGCGUGGUGCA